GGGCAGCCGGCGGGCUCGGGGGGCAAAGCGGCUGGCGGGGGCUGCUGCCCGUGCCCGUGCCCCUCGCAGCCACCCGCUCCACAGCCCCAGCCGCCGGCCGCCGCCCCGCAGGCCGGGGAGGACCCUACGGAGACGAGCGACGCGCUGCUGGUCCUGGAGGGCUUGGAGUCGGAGGCCGAGAGCCUGGAGACCAACAGCUGCUCGGAAGAGGAGCUCAGUAGCCCGGGCCGCGGAGGAGGAGGGGGCGGCCGGCUGGUGCUGCAGCCCCCGGGGCCCGAUCUGCCCCCAGCGCCUUUCCCGCUGCAGGACUUGGUUCCUUCUGGCCGGCCCAGCCGAGCCGAGCAGCAGCAGCAGCUGCCACCGCCACCACCGCCGCCUGUCGGGCUCCUUCGGCCCCUCGCGGGUCCCUCUCGGAAGGGCUCCUUCAAGAUCCGCCUCAGCCGCCUCUUUCGCACGAAGAGCUGCAACGGCGGCUCGGGCGGCGGAGACGAGACCGGCAAGAGGCCUUCAGGAGAGCUGGCUGCCUCCGCCGCGAACCUCACCGACGUGGGAUGCUCUGCUGGUCGGGAGGUGGACGCGGGGAGGAAACCCAGGUUGACAAGAACUCAAAGUGCCUUUUCUCCGGUCUCCUUCAGCCCCCUGUUCACAGGUGAAACAGUGUCACUUGUGGAUGUGGACAUUUCUCAGCGGGGGUUGAGCUCCCCACACCCUCCAACUCCCCCUCCUCCUCCGAGAAGAAGCCUCAGCCUCCUAGAUGAUAUCAGUGGGACGCUGCCUACAUCUGUCCUUGUGGCUCCGAUGGGGUCCUCCCUGCAGUCUUUUCCCCUUCCUCCACCUCCUCCGCCCCAUGCCCCAGAUGCGUUUCCCCGGAUUGCUCCACUCCGUGCCCCCGAGUCCUUGCACAGCCAGCCACAGCAGCACCUGCAGUGUCCCCUCUACCGGCCCGACUCGAGCAGCUUCGCAGCCAGCCUCCGCGAGCUGGAGAAGUGUGGUUGGUAUUGGGGACCAAUGAAUUGGGAAGACGCAGAGAUGAAGCUGAAAGGGAAGCCAGAUGGUUCUUUCCUGGUGCGAGACAGCUCUGACCCGCGCUACAUCCUGAGCCUCAGUUUCCGGUCCCAGGGGAUCACCCACCACACUAGGAUGGAGCACUACCGAGGAACCUUUAGCUUGUGGUGUCAUCCCAAAUUUGAGGAUCGCUGUCAGUCCGUGGUAGAGUUCAUCAAGAGAGCCAUCAUGCACUCCAAGAACGGGAAGUUCCUCUAUUUCCUGAGAUCCAGGGUUCCAGGGCUGCCUCCAACUCCAGUUCAGCUGCUCUACCCUGUGUCCCGAUUCAGCAACGUCAAAUCCCUCCAGCACCUUUGCCGAUUCCGGAUCCGCCAGCUCGUGCGGAUAGAUCACAUCCCAGACCUCCCACUGCCUAAACCUCUGAUCUCUUACAUUCGGAAGUUCUACUACUAUGACCCUCAGGAAGAGGUGUACCUUUCUCUAAAGGAAGCCCAGCUCAUUUCCAAACAGAAGCAAGAGGUGGAGCCCUCCACGUAGCGAGGACCCUUGCCAGUGACCACCAAGGCGUUUGGUUGUCAAGCUCGUCUGAGCUGUGGAGUUCACAUGAAGAGGAGGUGGAGGAGGAAAGUGGGAACGGGAAGGGCUGGGAUUCCCUCCGCCAGGCCUGGGGCUUGGAGAAAGCGCACAGCCGGCCCGGAUGGGCUCCACAUCACACCCACCUUGUAUGCCAGACAGAUGGAUGGGCGGACGGACAGACAAGAAGUGCUCCUGGAAAUCUGGAAGAAGUCUCAACACUGUUUCUUUUAGAAGUUUUGUUUUUGCUCUUUUGUGUUUCUCGGUAUGGAAACUCCUGUUGAAGGCAGCCGGGCUUUGUGCCUGUGGGAUGGGCAUGGGGAGGGCAUGCAGUUCUGAGGGCAAGAGGCUGGGGUGGGAGGCAGGGAGCAGGACUGAGGGCAUGCCCGCACAAGGGUGGAGCUGGUGGAGUAGGCUGGAGGAAGGAGCGCCACCCUGUUCUUGUCUUCAAGGCCUCGAACCCUCAUUUGAGAGUCACCUUCAUGGAAGCUGUGUUAUUUUGCUCUGGAACCUGAACUGAGCUAUUCUCCCGCCACCCUGAAGUGGUUCCCUCAAGGUGUCGGCUGCAGCGGUCCUGUCGCCACAUGGGUGCUUUCCCAUGCUCUGACCUGGCAUGUCCGGAGGCCCUGUGCCCUCCUGCAUUUGCCAGCCAGAGAGAACGAGGCCCGGAGAGGGGGAGGCCGAGCUCUGCCUUUCUGGGCCCAUGAGGUCCCAGCCUUGCGGGGUCCUUGAGUACAGCAGAAGAGGGCAGCCCAGUUCCUGCUUCAGGGUCCUCACGGGCCCCCUUGCUGCUGGGAGAUGGCAAGGGCUACGUCAUUUCCCUGCCUCCUGCCAGCCCACACCUUGCCAGACCGUCUGCUGCCCUCGCUCUGCCCGAGUCUGGAAGGUCCCCAGGAAGAGGCAGGGUGCUCAGAGCCUCUCGGUGCGCGUGCUGGAGGAGGCUUGCUGCCGCCCUUGUUAGUCUGCUACACGGUUGCUCCUGGACUGCGUCAUCCCGAAGGGUCAGUGACAUCCUCGGUCUGGGGAGAGGACUCCUCACCAGGAAGCACUGGCCUCACGCAGAGCGCUGAGCAGAGGUCCCUGGCCACGGGCACCAGCGCAGAACCGGCUUUGCAGCAGCAGAGUGCACUUCCUGUGGUGCUCAACCCUCCUAGGACCAACCACGUGACCCCAGAAAGGUCCUUCUAGUCUGCAGAAGGUGCCACCUGCUGUAGUGCUGCCCGGCUGCAAUGGGGCCUUUGGGCUGGGCAACCGUCUGGGACCCCACAGUCAGCCACCCAUAAGUUUAAUAAGAGCAGGCUGUACGCAUGGCUCUGGGGUGGACGCGGUGGGCUCCGCCAGGUGGAAGACAUGGUUGCCUCCUGAGGGAACCUUCAGAGUAUGCGCAAAGUCACUGGAGAGCGCUGUGGCAGAGAAGCGGGGACUGUUGACAUUCAGAGUGGGCAAGAUGGGAGACCAGAUGGUCUGGAAGAGCCGUGGUGAUGAGGCUUGGGUGUGGGCCGCGCAGCCUGUGGAGAAGGGCAGGACUUGAGCCAGGCAGCUCCAGGCGGCGCCUGGGCCCUGCGCAGUCCUGACCCGCACUGAAGUCCGGUUCCCAGGCAGGCAGAGGCCACGGCUCACGGGGUGGGCGGUGGGAGGUGAGGUCGGCACCUCUGCUCCACUCUUUGGAGUGAGGUCCGCCCUGUGGGCCUUUGGCCUGCUCUGUGCCCCGGGGGAGGGUGCUGAUCGAUAGCUGCUGGAGCCUUUCUCAGAGUGACGAGGGUGGGCUGCAGCCAUAGGUGGCAUGGAUGGCAUGU